UUGGCCAUUGAGAUAAAUAUAUUUGGGUUAGUAGACAAAUAGCCCGGCUAAAAUAAUGUCCUCUUAUUGUUUAAAUAAUCGUCAGUUGAAUGUUUAUUCUCAUUGAUUUCGGUGAUUGUAAGAUUACGCCACGGAAUAUUCCAGGGUAACUCACUACGUGGCCCAAUUUGGGAUUCACUAACUCGGAUUUCAAGUGGUUUGACUGUCGUGUAGGGUAAAUUAGUGGGUGGAGACGGGCGUGUUUGAUGAAGAUUUGGUGUAAAUAGAUUGUUUGGGCAUCAUUUUUGGCACUUUUGGACGGAAAUCCUCUUGGGGAGUUCAUCUUCUUGGAAGAAUAAACGCCCAGUCGUCAGUGGAUUGAAGUAUCUGGAAUGCUGUAACGAUUUGUCCUCGAUUUUUAAGUAAUCUCGAGCGAAAAUGCUGUCGACGAACGCCAAGCAGGUGCAGGCGCCAGGCCUCAAGCAAGUUAAGGUGGACAAUUGGGGGACCUUCUUCCUGCAACGCCUACAACAGCUGUACGUGGAGGAGGAACUCCUGGAUCUUACUAUCAAAUUUCCUACUAGUGAUAUCACAGUACAGGCCCACCGUCUCGUAAUCACCACCUGCACGGACUACUUCAUGCAGCUAGAGCGUAAACAGCGUGAGCAGCAGGGAAGCUUCGAUGGAGUCCUGAUAAUGCCCUCGGACAUGCCAUACGAGUGCGUCAAAUCCAUCAUAAGUUUCAUGUACACAGGCCAGUUGGAGUAUUGGACAUCGGAGCAGAAUGCCCUGUAUCGAACGGCCCAGAAGAUGAACAUGACAGUUCUGACGAAGCUCCUGGACGCGCAAUUCAACACCACUGCUCUUCAAUCGACCAGUCCCCCAUCACCAGAUAAAUCCAACAUAUCUUUUCAGAAGCCCCCGUCCCCGAAGAAGUCCAGCAUGCCAUCGUUAUCAACGACGCCUCUUCCAGGCAGAAAACUACCAAUUUGGCGGAGAAAAUUGGAGUCCAAGGCAGAAGUGACAGCUGGUCCCUCGCGAUUCGAUCUCCCAGACGCCGAGGAUUUGACUCUUGGGGUCUUUUCCUCCUUCGACGACAUAACCUACAAUACAAAACCCAUUGUCAAGGCGACUGAUCACUCAACGGCCCCUGAGGAACGUUCAACCUCGUUCAACCGUUCAACAUCCGAUACAGCGAAGAAUGACUCAACCGAGGAGGAGGAUGAGGACGAUCCCAGGGAGAACUCUGAUGAUGAGUGGACACCACCUAACUCUAAGUCUGACGAUCUUCAGCCUCCGCCAUCCAAACGAGUCAGAUUCGAGCUCGAGGAGAAGGAGAACCUGGAGAAAUCCGACAACAAUCCAGUGGAAAACAUCAACAAUCACGCGAAGAUAAUUCGCGAGGUCCUGAAGAAAUACCCCCACCUGGUAAAGAACAACAAGAACAUUCGUCUGAAAAUAAUGCAGAAGGAGUCAAAGACAGCCGAGUCAGCAGCAGGUAAGACCAAAGUGUCUUACGUAGUCCUGAAAUCAGAUCAUCUAAUGUCGGUUGAUGACAAGGACGACAAGGUCCUGUUGGCCGAGGGUGAGAGUGGCCCCUGGAAAUGUCACAAAUGCGACAUCGACGAGGAGUAUCCCACGUACUACAUGUACAGACGGCACAUGCAGGACGUUCACGAGGAAAAAUUUGAUCCACGUGUGUGUGAGCAUUGUGGCCACAAAGCUACCAAGAGGAACAUUCUCAUGCAUCACAUGUAUGUCAAACACAAUGUACCACCUCCCAAGAGCAUGAGCUUCCCCAAGUGUCAUGCCUGCAAUUACGUUGCCCUGUCUGAUACACUACUGGCUAGACAUCAGAAGACCCACAAUCAUGGGCCAAGGUCACUGCUCAAUUCAGAAACCGAUGAGGUAGAGUGUGCUCAAUGCAGUGAGACAUUCAAGGAUGUCAGUGAGCUUGCGAGCCAUGAAAUGAGCACUGGACAUGGCACCAGUGUCGGGAGCAGUGUUGUCAAUGGCGAGAAGGGCUACAAGUGCUCACUGUGUCCGAAGGUCUUUGUCAAACCGGUGAAUCUCCAGAUGCACGUUGAGAGCGCUCAUAAGGAGAAGGAAGUGGGGGAGGUGGAGUCCGGGAUAGCGUUGGAGCCAUCGAGUGAGGCUGAAGCACUCAGUCACGUCGCGUCGGGAAUCGCCGCGUCGUUAGGGGUGGCCGAGGGACUCGAUCAGGAGCAACAGGAUCAGCAGGUGAUAACAUCUGAUGGUAACUACCUGGUGAAUGAAAUGGUACUGAGCAACAUUCAGCCACAAGAAAAUUACAAUGGACAUGAGAUCGGGGAGCAGCAGAUGAUAAUGUUAAUAGACAAUGAGAGCUAUCAGCAAGACCAGGAACAUCAUCAACCCCAGAGUCAACCACAACAGCUCGAAAUAUCCAGCAAUGAACAGCUGGUGAUGCAGGGAACAGAAGAGGGAAUGAUUGUUUACAUUCAUGGUAAUGAGGAUCAGAGUGCGAGACAGGUGUAUGAGUCCUUCCAGCAGGAGGUGAAUCAAGAGACAGAGGAGAUUGUCGAGGAAGUCGAGGAGGUGGUUGAGGAAGUCGAAGAGAUGCAGGAGGAUCAGGGCGCUGAGAAUAUUGAGGAGGUCAUUCAGUACGUCGAGGAGGAAACGGAAAUUGUCGAGUAUGAGGAACCCCAGGGAGAGGAGUCCAUGAUGAUUAUUGAGGAGGAGCAUCGCGAGACUGAGACCGAUAAGCAGAAGGAGACGAGGGAACUCGCUCAAGAGUGGGAUGAGGACAGCGCCGAUAUGAAUGAAUCGUGAAGAUUGGGAUGAAUACUUUAGAACAAGUUUUGUAAUGAGCCUGAAGACGGGGAGGCCAAUGCACGAGAUUUUUUUUGUUCAGUCAGAUGUGAAGAGAUUUAAGAGAGAAAUCGAAAUUUUGAGGAAUUCUAUUGCAAUACUAGUUGAUAGAUUUUUUAACAUCAUUUUUUUUAUUAUUUGGCAUUAAACUCAGUAGCAAAAUGGUAAAACGACAUAAGUUGACUUAUCUUUGAAUCGAGUUUUUGAGAAAUAUCUUCGAAUCAAGAAAAGAUAGCGACAUUGUUGUAAUAACAUUUAUUGUAGUAUUCAAUUUGCUCCAUAAAAAUGUUUUCAUGACAAUUUUGCUAUCUCCCCUGGAUUUCUAGAUAUUCACCAAAAGUUGGUCAGCAGUCAAAAGUAACUUCGAUCGUUCUACAACUUUGCUAGUGAAAUGUAGAAAAAUUUUAUUGAAAGUUCUUUGAAUUUGUUUAAAAAAAUUUUUCAGGAAAACUUCAUGAGCUUAUGCCCCAAAUAAAGUGUAUGUUUGAAAUGUAUUCGCUGGAAUUUUGGUACAAUUGUGAUGGAAUUUCUCGAGAAUAGAUUUUUCUGUUUCAAUUUUUCAGGCAUGUUUUAACAGUCUGGAGUUGGCAAGGGUAUUUCUGCAACUGGAUUCUUGCUGAUUCAUUUUUUCCUGAGAUGCAGGAGGCGAUAUUUUUUGAUAGAGUAAAAAUAUGAGAAAAAUUCUUUCAUCUCGCGAAGAAUCGAAUCACAGAGAAUCGGUUUGCUGUACACAGGAGUGAAGUUUUCCAGAUAAUCAUGUCGAUUAAUUUUCGUUUAUAGUAAUUCCCAGGGAGUGAUAAUUGUUUUGAUGAAUGUCAUAAUCAAAAAAAUCGAUGAUUUUUUUUCUUCAAUUUUUGAGAGUCAAUGGAUAAUUGCGUCGAUCUUCCUGGGACGCCACUUAUAUUUUUCAUUGUUCCUUCUGUCAGAUGAAUUAUUUAGAUUGACUGAGCGAUAUGUUAACGAUCUGAAUGCAAUUAGGAAUAUCUUCUUUUCUACUGUAAAAGUGUUUUACAAUGCAUUAUUAAUUUGCCUUGAGAAUAAUAUAAUGUAAAAUUAAUAAACCGAAAUAAGUGAGGGGAGUUUAAUUACUCCAAUUAUUUUUAUCCAAUCAACAAUUACGACAAUAGUGGAUUCACUCAGAAGGGCACGUGCUAGCACAAGUUGUCGAGUUUAUUGGACAAAUCACAGAGUUAGUUGAAAAAACAAAUUAAUUACAAUAAGAGUACAAGAUUUGUAAAGUAGAAAAUGGAAAUUGGUGAAUAAAUGUCGAGUAAAAUUUA